UAUUAUAAUUUGUAUAGAAAUCAUGGGUAGAAAGCCUUGUUGUUCUAAAGAAGGAUUAAACAAAGGCGCAUGGACUCCUUUGGAGGAUAAAAUUCUAAUAGAUUAUAUCAAAGUUCAUGGUGAAGGGAAAUGGAGAAAUCUUCCCAAAAGGGCAGGUCUUAAAAGAUGUGGAAAGAGUUGUAGACUAAGGUGGCUGAAUUAUCUAAGGCCAGACAUCAAGAGGGGAAAUAUAAGUCCAGAUGAAGAAGAUCUCAUAAUCAGACUUCAUAAGCUUCUUGGAAACAGAUGGUCUCUGAUAGCCGGUAGGCUACCAGGACGAACAGACAAUGAAAUUAAGAACUAUUGGAACACCAACAUUGGCAGAAGACUUCAAGAAGGAACAGGUUCUGGUCAGACAAAUCGCGUAACAUCUUUAAAUCAUCAGCGCAAUCGCCCUAGUCAGGCAAAAUUAGCCAAACUGAACCCGAUUGCCCAACUAAAACAAAAUUAUCAAGAACAUGCAGUUCCUCAAGAUUCACAAUAUAUGCUAACGGACGUUGGACACGGAGGAUCAUCUUCCUCCUCCUUCUGUUUGGUCAACCGUACAAAGGCAAUUCGGUGCACUAAAGUUUUUAUUAGUCCACAAAAGACUGAUCAGUCACUUUGUAAUGAGACUACUGAAAAUGAUAACAAUGACAAGACAAUGUCAGAGGAAAACGUGACAACUAAUAUUGUAACAUCCUCAUCAUCAUCAUUGUCGAUUUCAUCAUUGUCCGAACAAGUACAACAACAACAACCGGUAUCAGGAUCAUAUUCGCCAACAAAUUUGUGCGUAGAAUUGGAGAAUUAUAACUUCAAUUUCAUGUUUGGUUUCGAUGUUGACGAUCCUUUUCUUUCUGAGCUUCUUAAUGCACCUGAUUUACGUGACCAAAUUUUGGAAAAUAGUACUAUAAGUAAUAUUGUUAAUGGUGAUCAUGAACUUGGAGACAUUUAUAAUUCCAACAAAAACGAAAGGCAAAAGAGCUAUUUUCCUCCAAGUUCUAGUCAAAUUGCUAUUUUAUCAGAAGAGACGCAACACAACGAUUUGGAACUUUGGAUUAACGGGUUCUCAUCUUGUUAAUUAUUUGAGAUGUGUAGGCAGUUGAUGACACGAUUCAUAAAUAUGCACUCAUGAAGUUGUUAUUAGUGUCAGAUUCAAAAUUUUGAAUCAGUGAAUUCUAUUAUUUAUAUGUAAUUAUUUUUAUUUCUUUUCUCACGUGACUCAUUGUGUUGAGUCUACUAUAUCUAAAUUCACCCAUCCCUCAGUUGUAUCAUAUGUACUAAAUGCUUUUAGUUGAUAUGAAUUAAUGUAUUUGAUGU